UACCCGCCUGUCCUUCACCUCCUUCCCUCUCCACUUCCUCUCCAGCACUGCAGUAGCAGCAGCAGCAACAGCUGGACAAGAUUUGUGUAUUCUUCGAAAAUGCGAAGCCUUCCGCUGCCAUACUCGUAGUCAGUAGACUGCACAUUCGAGGAAGUGCGGUGCAUUUAGCUCAACAGACUCCAGCUCGAAAGCUCACCACCUGUACCACGCUUGUGUCUGAGUGGAGGACAGCACACGGUUUUCAACCUCUGAAACUCCGAACCUCAGUCGUUUUCAACGUAAAAGAUCCGCAACCUAAAUACAAACGGUACUCUAGACCCCAAAUUCGUCAAACAGCCCGAGCCGAUCGAUCGUGGCGGUCCGAUCGAGUUAUGGAGUUCGCUGAGGUCGAGUUCGGGGACGGUUCGUCACCUGGUUUUGAAACUGUUGUCAAGUUUUGAGACUGCUAUUUCGGAGACUACCAUUCUGGAGAAUCCUAGACCAAUGCUGAGACGACUAACAGCAAAGCAGUCGCAUUGAGCCGUGUAGUGUGCUGCGGGCGAGUUCAAUUCACCGAGUUUUCGAGACGGCUCACAAGUGUUGAGACUAAUUUUGAGACGACUAGAACAAAGUUAAGCGGCUAAGCGGUCGCAUUGAGCCAUGGAGUACGGUGCGGUCGAGUUCGGCCCACCUGGGUCGCUCCAGUACAGAAAAUUCCUCCUGGAUUCCCGGCGGCUCCCUGGCCCGUCAAACCCGGCGCCAAACCCGGCGCCGGCUACUAACAGCGCUGCGAAUACUACCAAUAGUAAGAGUGGUAGGAGUUCAACGCGGAACGGUGGCGCAGCGUUACCCGAUGAAGCAGCAGCCGGCGCACCUCAGACUCCCAAGGGUAAGGCGAAGCGCGGGGGGAAAUUUGCCUCUCCGCUUUCACCGCCGUCAUCGCCGCUGGGGGCAACGGCGCAAGAUCUCGUAAUCGUACCUCUUUCCCCCUGGCACCAGGUCCCGCUGCUCCUCUCCGCGUCCGCCGCGCUGCCUCCUCCCGCCGAUGCCGCGGCGUCGAAUGCCGGCCGUGCUUUCAAUACCGCCGAUGCUUCCAAUGCCGCCACGGCGCUACAAACAGGGCUCCAUGCCGGUUCGUUGAACAACAGUAGAUUAGCGUCGGUGGGAGUUACUUUCUUUCCCCCGCUUCGCGCCGCAGCGCCGGCUGCAGGCCCCGCGGCCAGCGCCGCAACUUCCUCCGCCAACCCCACGGAGCCUCCCGCGGGGGAUGCGGGCGGUCUCUUCCGCAUGGUGUGCGCCGUUCCGCGCGGCACGUGGGCGCAGGUGGAGCUGGCGGUGGCGGAGUCUCCGCACCAUCCGCUGCGGGUGCGCGGAGUGAACGACCUGCCGUCCCAUUAUAGUCACAACCUUCGGUGGAAUGUCGGCUUCCUCCCGCAAACCUGCCGCUGCUUCGAUACUAACGAAUUCGAUAGUAGUAGUAGUAGCGACGGUGACCGCGGCGGCAGUGGCUGCGGUGGCGGCGGCGGUGGCGGCGGUUGCGGCUUCCCGCUCCGCGAGCGAGAAACGACAUCGCCAAGCGCGGAAAUGGCGGAAAAGCGCACGUUUGGCGGAAGCGUUACUUGCGGCGGCGCGCACGGGCCCCUGGAGGUGGUGGACAUCGGGGAAGCGCGGGCGGAAGCGGGGCAGGUGUAUCUGGUGAAGGCUCUGGCGGCGUUUCUGGUGGUUAGCCCGAAUCUGAACACGCACUGGACUGUGAUUGUAACGAGCGACGAUGUUGGCGCGAAAGGCUGGUUUCGUGAAAGUACCGGAUGUGAUGCGAACGAGAGGGACGAAAACCCCAAGGCGGGGGAGGCGUGCGAUGAGGCGUGCGAUGAUGACCGUUGUCCGGAUGAGGACGAUCGCAGGGCGAAGGGUUUGGAGGAGAUUCGCGAGUGGCUCAAGUUUCGCGGAUGCUUAUCGCCACUGGAUUUGCCCUGCACCAUUUCUUUUCGUGAGAAGCCCGUGCCUCUGGACCGUACGAUUGCCAUGAUCAACGGUGCACAUGCAGCCUGGAAAGGCGCUCAUGGCGCUGCCGUUAUGCCACACCAGCGGCAGCAGCAGCAGCAGCAGCAGCAGCGGUCACCACCACAGCAGAAUCAGCGCCAGAUACAGCCAGAGGGGAUGCUUAUAAGCGAACUCCGAAGAUCCGUGGAGCGCACGUGUGGCAGCUCUCUGGAGCGCCACGUGGCAGGCAGUGUGGUGUGCGUCCCACUGAGUGAGCCCGAGGGGGCAAAAGAGAUAGUUAAAAGAGCGGCAGGGAGUCUUCUCCCCGGUGCUGCUGCUGCUGCCCUGGCAGCUGCAGGCGUGAGGGAGGGAGGAGGAGGGGGGGAGGAGGAAAAGGAGGAGGAAAAGGGGGGGGAGAGAGGGAGAGGAAAAAGUCAAAAGGGGGGAUACCUCCUAGGGUCUAUCACACUCGGACUUCUUCCUCCCCAGUGUUCCUAGAUUCGGUUCUGGACGGUUCAGGCUUACCUCAGAGUGGCAGUGAAGCUGCUUAUAACGGAGCAGAUCCGAGAGGGGGAUAUGGAUCGCCACAAAUGGCCAGGUCUAAGUUCAACAAGAGCAGCUUGGGGCGGGGGUUGGGGCUUUUAAGUAAAACACUUAGGGGAAAAGAAGGGGAGAGAGAGGAAGAGGUGGGAGAAGGAGGACAAAGCAAGGGGAAGCAGCUGGAUUUGGAUAAGUCCGGACCAAGAAAGGGCGGGUUUACUU